CAUCGACGUGCCUUCACGACUGGUGGUGCUCCUGAGUGCUCCAGUGUAUCUAUGUAUUAUACAUAUAUAUUUUUUUAUAUAUGCAUAUAUGUGUAUACAAAUACACAUUAAAAAGGAUCCAUCUAUUAAUCAACAACAAUAUUUUAGUGAUAGCUGUGUUACUGUAUUUGGUCAACAGGGUCCAGUAUUUGUGCUUGAACCACCAAGUACUUUGGUAUUUUCAAAUACAACAGGUUCACAAUUAAGCUGUUCAGCUCAUGGAAGUCCAACGCCUCAUGUCACAUGGAUUACAAGUCCAGAUCAAAGGACCGUCACAGCUGUUCCAGGUCUCAGACAACUAUUGGGUAAUGGGACUCUCUACUUUCCUCCGUUUCUUGCACAGGACUUUAGAGCAGAAGUUCACAACGCACGAUACCGAUGCCGAGCCAGCAAUUCAGUUGGUACUGUUAUAUCUCGUCAAGUUACACUUCGUGCUGUUCUCACUGUACCUGGAUACGACGUGAGGGUAAACAGAUCGCCGGUUGUCGAAGGUUGUAAUGCUGUAUUGUCUUGUACUGCGAGAGAAGACGUUAAAGAACAUUUAACAGUGACGUCAUGGUAUCGAGACGAUGCCAUUUUACUACCUGGUAGUAUUGAUACAGGUGGAAGAUUUGUCGUAACUUCUCAGGGUGAUCUUCACAUUAGAAAUACUCGAGCAGAUGAUGGUAGAGCUCUUUACUGGUGCUUAACUUUACAUACUUUAACUGGAGAACGCAGAAAAAGUGAACAUGUUACAUUAACAGUCACAGAACCUACAGGAUCAAUGCCCCCAAGAUUGAUGCAACAUUCACAAAUAGCAAUAUCAGCGGAGAGAGGAUCAGAUGUUCAUUUAACUUGCUCAGCACAAGGUAGUCCACCUCCUCAAUUUACGUGGUAUCGUGACGUCAAUGGACAUUCGAUACCGGUAGAAUCGUUUGGACGAAUUCAACUUUGGGGUGAUUUAAUGCAAAUCCGUCGGGUUGAUGCCCAAGACGCCGGAAGGUAUAUAUGCCGAGCAAGUAAUCAAUUUGGAGAGCAAAGAGCUGAAACUCAUUUAUCUGUAACGUCAAAGUUAAAUGCUCGAAUUCAACCACGACUUCAAGUUAUUAAUUCUGGAGAAUCAGCAACCAUGAAUUGUACAGUUGAAGGUUAUCCUGUUGAAAGUGUUGAAUGGUUACACGAUGGAGUACCUGUUCUUAGUUCACAGGAUACAAGAAUACGAUUAUUAGCACCUUUAGUUCUUAUUGUUGGAUCCGUAGGUCGUAAAGACAAAGGAAUGUAUCAGUGUUUAGUAAGAAGUGACAAAGAAAAUGCUCAAGCAACUUCUGAAUUAAAAUUAGGAGAUACCGUUCCUGAACUGCAAUAUACAUUUAUUGAACAAGCCUUGAGGCCCGGUCCCCCAGUGUCGUUAAGAUGUUCGGCAACUGGUUCACCACCACCCUCAUUCAUCUGGUUAUUAGACGGUGAACCCUUGAGCGAAAUUGCUCAGGGACACAGAUACGCUAUAGGACAGUAUGUUGAUCAGUCGGGGGAUGUAAUAAGUCACUUGAAUAUAACAUCAGCUGGUGCUGAAGAUGGUGGACUAUAUGCAUGUGUUGCAAGAAAUACUCUUGCUUCAGUUGAGCAUAAAGCACGAUUAAAUAUAUACGGACCACCUUAUAUUCGUUCAAUAGGUCCAGUACGUGCUAUUGCCGGUAUAGAUACAACAAUAGCUUGUCCAUAUUCUGGAUAUCCAAUAACAACUGUCGAAUGGUCAAGAGGUGGAGUUGAAUUACCUUUAGAUAUGCGACAUCGCGUUGAUACUGAGGGAUAUUUAACAAUAGCAACAGUUGAUCCAGAUGAUGCUGGUACUUAUACUUGCACUGUACGUGCCAGUACUGGAGAAACUGCCAGCAGAGAUAUUAAAUUAACUGUCAGCAGUCCACCAGUAAUGAGCCCAUUUGCAUUCCCACCAAAUUUACAAGAAGGUAGUCGAGCACAAAUCACAUGUGGUGUUACUUCUGGCGAUCUACCAAUUUAUUUUUCUUGGCUCAAAGACGGUGAACCUUUGCCUUCAUCACUUCGAAUUGAAGAAAGAGGAGCUGAAUUUUUUAGUUUACUUGUUUUCAAAGAACUAACAUCACGACAUAGUGGAAAAUAUACAUGUGUUGCAACAAAUAAUGCAGCUAAAGUUAAUCAUACGACAGAAUUGUUGGUAAAAGUUCCACCACAGUGGACGUAUGAACCUCAGGAUGUAGCUAGUCUACUGGGUAAUCCAUUAAAUGUUCACUGUGAAGCCAAGGGUUUCCCACCACCACGGAUUACCUGGCUCAGAAGUAGAGGAAGAAAUUCAAAUGACUAUCAGCAGUUGGCUGAGAGUUUGGAUAGUAGGAUUAUGAUUCUACCAAAUGGAUCUUUGUGGACUGCCGCAGCGGGUCCUCUAGAUGAGGGCCACUAUCUUUGUCGAGCUAACAAUGGUAUUGGCUCGGGUCUCAGUAAAGUUAUUUACGUUUCAGUUAAUGAACCUGCUAGAUUUGAAAGCCAAAGUAAAAAUGUAACAAUAAGACGAGGCGAUGCAGUAACACUUGACUGUAUUGUUAUUGGUGAUAAUCCAAUAGAAGUACAAUGGUUACAUAAUAAUGAAAGAAUAGAUACCAAUAGCCAUAGACUGAGUAUAAGUCAAGUUAAAACUGAUACUGGAUUAAAAUCACAAUUAUCAAUAGGUAUAAGUGAUAGACAAGACUCGGGAGUUUAUCGAUGUACUGCUGACAAUGCAUAUGGAAGAAGUGAACAUUUAAUUUAUUUAGCUGUUCAAGAACGACCAGAUCCACCUACAGCACUAGAAGUUAUUGAAAUUGGCUCGAGAUCAAUUCGGCUAUCGUGGCGUAGGUCUUUUGAUGGAAAUAGUCCCAUCAGAAAUUACAUUAUUCAAUAUAGAGCUUUAAAUCACGGUCCAGUUGACGACUGGGAUCCUUCGAAAACACAUAAUGUUACAUUUACCCCGGGUAGUAAUUCAAAUAUUGCCAGUAAUAAUAUUAUUAUUAAUACCGGUGGCUCUAUAAAUUCAAUUCAAAAUCAAAAUAAUAUUUUAUUAUCAACAUCAUCAUCACCAUCUUCAAUGUAUGAAAAUAGUGGAAAUGAUGAUCAAGAAAUAGCAUUAGUGGGUGGUCUUCAUCCAGCAAUAACUUAUACAUUUCGUAUUAUUGCAAUAAAUUCAAUAGACGCAAGUGAACCAACAGAACCACCAGUUGUUGCUAAAACUCAAGAAGAAGCUCCUACAGAGCCACCACAAAAUGUUAAAGUACAAUCAGGUGGAUCUGGUGAAUUAAUAGUAACAUGGCAACCACCACCAAAAGAAUCAUGUAAUGGUGAUUUAUUGGGUUACAUUGUUACUUGGUCAGAACACUCGGCAUCAACAUCAGGUGUUAAUCAAAGUAAAAGUCUUACUGUUAAUGGAUGGGCCACUACUAAAGUUCAAUUAACAGGAUUAAGAAAAUUUACAAAAUAUGAUAUUACAAUAAAAGCAUUCAAUAGUAUUGCUGCUGGGCCUGCUAGUCCAACAAUUGUUGGUACAACACAAGAAGGAGUACCUGAAGCACCGCCAACACAAGUUAUUUGUUCACCACUAUCAUCACAAAGUGUUAAAGUAUCAUGGAGUUCACCACCAGCUCAUCAACACGGUGGAAUUAUUCAAGGCUACAAGGUAUAUUACAGACCAGUACCAACUGAUAAUAUGGAGAUAUCAACAGUUGGAGAAGUUAAACGUACAUCAAGUGAAGAAACAUAUUUACAUACUUUAUAUAAAUACACAAAUUACUCAAUAAGAGUAUUAGCAUAUACAGGCGCUGGUGAUGGUGUUUUAAGUUCACCAAUUUAUUGUACUACCGAAGAAGAUGUACCAGGACCUCCAGCUGGGAUUAAAGCACUUGCUCUUACAGCAGAAAGUAUUUUAGUAUCAUGGUUACCGCCAUUACAACCAAAUGGUAAAGUAUCUCAGUAUACAAUAUACAGUAAAGAAGCAGGAGCAAGUCGACAUAAUACUCAUACAAUGCAUGAACCCCCAUCAUCACCAACAGAUACUCUUACAAUGGAAUUACGUGGUCUUACAGAAAGCCAGUUGUAUGAAUUUUGGGUAUCUGCAACAACGGGAUUAGGUGAAGGUGAACCAACAACAAUUGUUACUCAAACAACAAAUACUCGAGCACCAGCACGAAUAGCAUCAUUUUCACAAUUAUUACGACGUGCUGUUAAAUCAUCAGUUAGUUUAUCGUGUUUAGUUGUUGGUAAUCCAACACCACGACCAAUUUGGAAUUAUAAAAAUAAUCAAAUAUCAACAGGACGUCAAUAUGAAAUAACUGGUGAAGGUAAUUUAAAUAUUAAUGGAUUAGAUAAUUCACUUGCUGGAAAUUAUACUUGUUCAGCGAGUAAUCUUUUUGGUGAUGAUUCAAUAACAUAUACAGUUGUUGUUGUUAUGCCACCAAAAGCACCACAAUUAGAAUUACAAUAUACAACAACUCAUAGUAUUAAAUUACGUUGGAAUCGACCAGAAAAUGGUGGUGCAACAAUACAAGGAUAUGUAUUAAGUUAUAAACGUGAUCAAGGUGGUUGGGAAGAAGUUAUGUUGUCACCAGAACAAACAGAAUUUACAUUAAAUGGAUUAAAAUGUGGUUCAUAUUAUUUAGCACAUUUAACAGCCCACAAUCGUGUUGGUACUGGUGAUCCAAGUUCGGUUAUUAGUGCAACAACAAAAGGAACAAAACCCCAAUUACCUAAAGAACGUGAUAUUAUUAUAACAAAUUCAACAUCUGUACGAUUAAAUUUAUUAUCAUGGCCAAAUGGAGGUUGUCCAAUUCAUUAUUAUACUGUUGAAUAUCGUAGACGUAUUAAUUCCGAACCAUGGAUAUUGGUUGCCAGUAAAGCAACUGAAAAUUUAAUAAUACGUGAUUUAAAACCAGCAGCUUGGUAUACCUUAAGAUUGACUGCUAACAAUGAUGCUGGUGCUACUCAAACUAAAAUGGAAUUUGCAACAACAACAUUGAGUGGUAUAAAUAUUGGUCCACCAAAUGACUUAAUAAUGGAUGAUGAAUUUGUUAAAAAUCAACAAUCAAAUAAAAUUUUUUAUAUUGUUGUUGUACCACUUAUUUGUGCUAUUAUUUUAAUAGCAUCUGCUGGUAUACUGGGAUAUGUGAUACUAAAAAAAAAUAACAGAUCAUCUGGUAGUAGUUAUUUAGGUGAAAUUUUACCACCAGGACAAUCCUCAAAUCAAUCUGGAUUAGGAAUAAAUCCACAACAUCAUCAAACUCAUCAUCUUCAUCAUAUGUCUAGCUGUAUGUCAACAGUACAAUUGAAAUCGACAGCAGAACGUGAUAAUCGACGUAAUCAUCAAGUAUAUACUAGUUCUCCGGUUAAACAACAACAGCAACAGCUAUUACAACAACAACAACAACAGCUACAGCUACAACAACAACAUCAGCAAGAUAAUAGCUUACACAAAGCUACUGAUCAUGGAUCAGAAAUGUAUGAAAUAAGUCCAUAUGCAACAUUCAGUGUACCAGGAAGAGAAAAUCGAUCAGUAACAACAGCGACAUUAGAUUAUACCAUGCAAUUUAAAACAUUCGGUCAUUUAGAAAAUGAAGACAUAAAUACAAUUGAUUAUGAAAGAUCAACAAGUGUUGUGGAUUUUGAACGAUCUAAAACCCCGAGAUGGCACAAACAACGUUAUUUUCCAAGUAUUGCUGAAGCCGAAAGUAAAUUACGUGCAUCAAGUCGUGCUGCCGUAACAACUGGUGGCUCUGGAAGUGAUACAUCUGGUAGUCCAUGUGGUGAAUGUGCUGGUCCUAGUUAUCGUGUACCAGUAAAACCUUGUCGAGAUGUAUUUUCACGUGGAGUAGAAUCAAGUACAGAAUCAAAUAAUGAGGGAUCACCAUCAUUAGGACGAAGACCAACAAGAAGUCGCCAACAGUCGACCCGGUCCACUCGCAGUUCAGUGGAGGAUAUGACGCUUUUACCACCAAGUGGUUUUAGCGAUAGCCGCGAACUUAGCGAAGCUGAAUGUGAUCGUGACCGUGAUUGUCAUCAAGGAUUGUCUAUUGCAACCACCCGACAUGGUGGUAGUCUUGGUAGACUUCCCAUUGAAGCUGUCGAAACAAUGCUUGCCAGGUAUCAGCAGAGAAAAGAACAAGAGAAACUAGAAUUUACAAUACACGUAUAAUUUAAGUAUAGUUUCACCAUAAUAUUUAAUAAUUAGUUUAGUAGAAAUAAAUAGCCAUCAGUAAAAUAAAUUUGGUCAAUAAAUCUUCGCGGGACGAUGAGCAUCAAUGGCCGAUAAUUAUAUACCAAUUUAAUAUAUAUAGUAUUUGAAAAAAAAAACUAAAUCAAUACUAAUACACAAGAUUUAAAAUCUUUUCAUUUGAAAAGUAACUAAAUAAAUAGUUUAGCCUAAUUACUUAUAGAAUCCACAUCCAUCUGAAUAAUAGUAGUAUAAAUCUACCCACACAUAUUAUAUACAUCCGAUAUUAUACAACAUAAAGCUUUGUCUGAUUAAGAGCCAGUUGUAAAUAAUAAUUACUAUCAGUAUUGAUAUAUAUAUGACAAUUAUAUAACUGCCACACGAAAUAUACAAGACUGCCCUUCAUAUUGUAAUACUAAUAAUAUUUUAAGGUUCAACAACAACAACAACAACAACAACAAUAAAAUAUAUAAGUGUAUAAAUGAUUAUUAGUUUAGAUUUACUAUGGGGCAAUAAUAAUAAUUAUAAUAAUGAAUUGAAUGAGAGAGCACACAAGUCUAAUAUUGAAGAGAGUAUAAUAAAUAAAUAAAUAAAUAAAUGAAAAUGUCAAUAAUAAUAUAGGCGUUUACACCAUUAUUAUACACAUAAUUAUUAUUAAUAAAAAAACCUAAUGUAUUAUUUAAAAAGAUUUUUAUAUCGAAAUAUUUGUUGUUUUUUUUUUUAUAAAAUGAUUUUAAAAUUGUAUUGCGCAAAAAAUUGUAGAUAAUGAAUAAUUUAUGAAUUAUUUGUAAUUAAAUAUACUUUUUAACGUUGAAUUUGGAUACGAAUAUAUUGUUGUUGUUUUUAUUUAUAAAUAAUUAUCAUGCAUUUAAUUUUUUUUCACUCACCAUUGGCUGGAACCUGCAAAUUGAGUGUCAGUUAUUCUCUGCUCCUACUGCUAAUGAUUUUGCUGUUCUAUAAAAAUACAUUUUUUCAUUUAAUAUAAUGAUAAUAAAAAAUAUACACAAUAUUUUUAAAAAUUAUUACCAUUAUUUAAGAUUAGCCUGUAAUAAUUUUAGCCAAUA